AUGGCAGCCCUGGCAGCUGGAGUAUCCAAGCAACGUGCAGCUGCUGAGGGUCUUGGCUCUAACCAGAAUGCUGUGAAGUAUUUGGGCCAAGACUUUGAGACCCUGAGAAAACAAUGCUUGAACUCAGGGGUCCUAUUUAAAGAUCCAGAGUUCCCAGCAUGUCCAUCAGCUUUGGGCUACAAGGACCUUGGACCCAGAUCCCCCCAAACGCAAGGCGUUAUAUGGAAGCGACCCAUGGAAUUGUGUCUCAACCCUCAGUUUAUUGUUGAUGGAGCCACACGCACAGACAUCCGCCAAGGGGAUCUAGGUGACUGUUGGCUUCUGGCAGCCAUUGCCUCCCUCACCUUGAAUGAAAAGCUGCUUUACCGAGUGGUCCCCAGGGGCCAGAGCUUCCAGAAGGACUAUGCAGGCAUUUUUCAUUUCCAGUUCUGGCAGUAUGGAGAGUGGGUGGAGGUAGUCAUUGAUGACAGGCUUCCCACCAAGAAUGGACAACUGCUCUUUCUACACUCGGAAGAAGGCAGUGAAUUCUGGAGUGCUUUGCUGGAGAAAGCCUAUGCCAAGCUCAAUGGUUCCUAUGAGGCUCUUGCUGGAGGCUCUACGAUUGAGGGCUUUGAAGAUUUCACAGGUGGCAUCUCUGAGUUUUAUGACUUGAGGAAGCCCCCAGGCAAUCUGUACCACAUCAUCCGGAAGGCCCUCCGAGCAGGAUCUCUGUUGGGCUGCUCCAUUGAUGCCUCAAGUGCAGCCGAAGCAGAAGCCAUCACCUGGCAGAAGCUGGUUAAGGGUCACGCAUACUCUGUUACCGGAGUCGAGGAGUUGGAUUUCCGUGGGCGCCCAGAGAAGCUGAUCCGACUGAGGAACCCGUGGGGUGAAGUGGAGUGGUUGGGAGCCUGGAGUGAUGCUGCCCCUGAGUGGAAUUACAUAGAUCCCAGGAAGAAGGAAGAACUGGUCAAGAGAGCAGAGGAUGGAGAGUUCUGGAUGUCCUUUUCGGAUUUCUUGAAGCAGUUCUCUCGACUGGAGAUAUGCAACCUGUCCCCAGACUCUCUGAGCAGUGAAGAGGUCCACAAAUGGAACCUGGUGCUCUUCAAUGGCCGCUGGACACGAGGCUCCACAGCCGGGGGCUGCCAGACACACCGAGCCACCUACUGGACCAACCCCCAGUUCAAAAUCCAUUUGCAUGAUGUCGAUGAGGACCAGGAGGAAGGCACCAAUGAAUCCUGCUGUACGGUGCUGCUGGGUCUGAUGCAGAAGAAUCGCAGACGACAGAAGAGGAUCGGCCAGGGCAUGCUCAGCAUAGGCUACGCCAUCUACCAGAUUCCCAAGGAGCUGGAGAGUCACACAGAUGCACAUCUGGGCCAGGACUUCUUCCAGGGCCACCAGCCCUUUGCUUGCUCCAGCACCUACAUGAACCUGCGGGAAGUGUCCGGCCGGGUCCAACUGCCCCCAGGACAGUACUUGGUGAUACCAUCCACCUUUGAGCCCUUCCAGGAUGGUGACUUCUGCUUGAGGGUGUUCUCAGCGAAGAAGGCCAAGGCUCUGGAAAUGGGAGACGCUGUAGCCGGAAACCCACAUGAGCCACGUCCAUGUGACACGGAUGGAGAAGAUGAGCAUUUCCGGAGCCUAUUUGAGGAGUUUGCAGGCAAGGAUUCUGAGAUCAGUGCUAAUCAGCUCAAGAGGGCCCUGAAUGGAAUGUUUUCUACACGAACAGACAUGAAAUUUGAUGGAUUCAACAUCAACACUUGCAGAGAAAUGAUCAGCCUGCUGGAUACAGACGGUACUGGAAGCCUGGGACCUGAGGAGUUCAGGACACUCUGGCUGAAGAUUCGCAAGUAUCUGGAGAUCUACCAGGAAAUGGACCACAGCCAUGUAGGCACCAUUGAUGCCCAUGAGAUGAGGACAGCCCUCAAGAAAGCAGGUUUCACUCUCAACAACCAGGUGCAGCAGACUAUUGCCAUGAGGUAUGCGAGCAGCAAGCUUGGCAUUGACUUUGACGGCUUUGUGGCUUGUAUGAUCCGCCUGGAGACUCUGUUCAAACUGUUCAGGCUUUUGGACAAGGACCAGAAUGGGAUUGUCCAGCUCUCCCUGGCUGAGUGGCUGUGCUGUGUGCUGGUCUGACCUGCUGUUUCAGACAUCAACAACUUCCCUGCCUUCCGCUCGUCUCUUUGCAAUCUUAAGAAUGCGUCUACUCAAGUGACAUUUUCUGAUUGUUGUAUUGUUCUAGCUAAUCACUGUUCCUGAGACACUGGUCUGUCCCAACAGAGCAGGCUGGGGAGUCCCAGAUCUCUCAGCACCACAGAGCUAUGAGCUAUUUGAACUGAUCCCAGGGCCCAAUGGAAGGAAAUCAAUCAAUUAAAGUUGUGGGCCAGAAUGGUUUCUACCUUCCUCUGGAGAUACACAAUGGUGAGGGGCAACCUGGGCUUUUCAUGCGAUGGGGAAAGAUAUGAGUCUAAGCUACCAGAAGGCUGAAAAGAUGGACAUUUUCUUGGAGGGGAGACCUGCCGGGAGCAGGUCUGCUUCUGAGGGUCCUUGGGGGGGGGGGCAGGAGUUUCAGCUCUGCCAAGAAAGGGCACAGGCCUCUCUAGAGAAAGUAUGUCACUGGGGGUGGUCUGGAAGAGCUUAAACCGUGCUUGUGGUUCAGGAUGCGGGCCCUCGGCUUCCUGCUCUUGCCACCAUAACUUCGCUCCAUCAUCGGAGACUCUCGACCUCUGGAACCAUAAACCUAGAUAAGCCCUUUCUUCUCUAAGGUGCCCUGGGCAUGGCGAUUUGUCACAACAGCAGCAAGGUAACUAAUACACCUGUCUACACGCUGAGACGCUGUGACUGUGGUCUCAAUAUUCAGUCCAAUUUCAAAAGUCCCCAUAGUCACAACAGCCCCAAUACUGUUAAAAAAAAUUUAACAUUUCUUCUGAGACUUGAGGCAAACUCUUAACUGUGAGCCUCUACAAAAAUUAACAGGUUAUAAACUUUCAAUAUAUGGUGGCACAGAGGGAGGCAUGAGAGGCCAGUAAGGAGAGAUUAGACCAAGGCAAGACCAAAGCCAAACAAGGAAAACACUAAAUCAUAGAGCUUGUCUGGCAUAUGGGACUUACAAUGACAUCAUUUGAGCUUCAAGUGGCUGGGAAGCCCUCCCCAGCUGUCUGCAGUGCACAUGGGCUCCUUUUGUACUGCCUACAGGUUUUAUCGGCAUAUGUCACCUGCUCUUGGUGUUUCCAGUGUCCUGGAGUCUCCACUGAAACUUGUUCCUCACCUUUACAGCCUACUCAGGGGGUCUGUGUAGGGAACCCAAGUCUGCUACAUAUUUCCUGGCCUUGGACUUUUCUCUGGAAUCUCAUAGCAAAGCUCUAUGACGUUUGCACUCUUUGCACUCAGCUCCACAUGACGACACUCACUUUUUGUUACCAACCCAGGAUAUAGCCAAGAUUCCAAAGAUGAUGGGGGCAGUGGAUUCUGCGUACCUUAAAGCCUGGGGAAAUACUUCC